AUGAUCAUCUCCGGGAAGAACAUUGCGGUCCUGCUCGCAUUGGGUGGCCUGGUCAUCCCUGUAACCUAUCGCAUUCUGUCCUCGCCUUUUACGCUCCUCCUGCUCUCGCCUCUGUUUCUGCUCAUCCUCAUCCUCGGAUUCCUCGCUCUCAACAUCACCCUCGGGUAUGCGCUUGACUCAGCAAGACCUGCGCCUCGCAAUGCCCUCCCUUCUGCCGCACGACCCCUCGCUUUCUCCACCCCGGCAGCUUGGCAGGCCGUCCUUACUCGCUCUCAAUGGUCUCACAAAGCCCCGCAAUCCCUCCCACCUCUCUACCCGGACGCACCAGUGGUCUCUGCCGCGGUUAAUGACAUACUCAUCAUGAUCGUACGCGACUUUGUUCUCGUGUGGUACAAGGAAAUCUCGGCCUCCCCGUCCUUUCCUACCGCCGUCUCCUCCACUCUCCACAGUUCCAUGGACCGACUACUCACCCGAGUAAUGGCCCUUGAUCUCCCCGCGUUGGUAGUGAAGCGCAUUCUGCCGAAGGUCACCUCGCACAUCGAGCAGUUCCGCCAGUCGGAAGUGGCGUUGCGCGGAGCAGGCCUCGAGCGUAAGCUCACCCAGUCAGAGGAGCUAGACCUUCUGUUGGCAAGCCGGUACGCUGCGCGGGGCGGCGGUAAGCUCCACUCUGCCGUCGAGAAUCUGUCGUCUACUUUCACCAAACAGUCGGAGGAAGCCCAUCUUCGUGGACUAAUCGAGAAGGCCCUGCCCGCAAUCCUACCGGAGAAGGAGGCCAACAGUCGGGCAGUCAAGCUUGUGGUCAGGGAGAUUGUCGCAUGCGCCGUGCUGUUUCCUAUCAUGGAGAUGAUGUCGGACCCUGACUUUUGGAAUCGCAUGAUCGACCAAAUUGCAGGGGCCGCUAUCCGCCAACAACGUCUGAUCUCCAAAGUGCGAGGCGUCUUGGAAGCGCAGCUCCCUCGCCCACAAGCCCCUCUGUCGGACCCGACGCAGCCUACCACUGAGAACAUCACGAUCCGUACGGACGCGAAGCAGUUUGAGUCCUUCCUGCGCAGCAUCAAUCGGACCUCGUCUCUUCUGGAUGCGCGACGUUUGAGGAACGAUAUCAUGGGCGAGGUUCGACGGACACGAACACUGUUGGCCAACAACGCCAACUCUGACUGGAUCAAUGGCGAGAAGACAGAAGAUAUUGUGGCGUUUCUCGACCGUCUAUAUACCGCGAAGCGGCAGGUGGAGAAACGUAUAGUUGUGCUCGGAGGAGAAGCCGAUUCGCGACAAACGAUCUAUCAGGAAACACCCACGAACUCUUCUCUGAGCCUGAGGGAUGUACUUACAAACCCGAGCUCGCUUUCGUACUUGAUGGAGUUUAUGGAUCGCCGUCAACGCUCGCUCUUAGUUCAAUUCUGGCUCACGGUCGAAAGUUUCAAGAAUCCCCUUGAAUCCGUUGACACCGAUGAUGAAGGAGACCAAGAUGAGAGUUUGCUAGACCCCAGCCAGUCCGCGACUCUACGGGAGGAUAUCUCGCUCAUCAACGAGCUCUACUUCUCAAACCCUCUGCCUGACCCGGUGCUCCGCGCGGUUGCACAGAAGAACAUCACGACCAUCCGCUCCUUCGGUCAAGACGCUGAGAACUCAACGGCGGCUUCGGAACGACGCGUUCGCCGUAGCGUCAUGUUGGCACAGCGGCAGGUCGAGCGCGAGAUGGAGCAGGACUUCGAGGACUUCCAGAGGUCGGAGCUUUGGUUUCGUGUUGUCGCCGACAUUGAGGCGAACGGCCGCGCCGCCCCCGCCGACGACUUCGCCCUCAUCUCUGGACGUAGGUCUCCCGUGGCGUCGCGCCAUGACGUAGAACACGCACCUGCGCGAGCGCACCCUGUUGUCAAGGCCCCACUGUCACGCUCUGAAUCCGCUCCUCUCUUCGGCGGCCCCGCACGAGCGCAUUCCCCCCCUACCACUGCCCCAGUGCUCUCGCGGCCCGCCGCGUCCAGCCUACAGGUGCUCAUGUCUCCCGUGCACGAAUUGGACAGCCAGACUGCCUCUAUCGCCCGAGCGCCUCUCUUUGACGAUCCGGAAGACCAGGAGCAGCAAGAGCAGUCUCAGCGUAUGGACGCCAUCCAGGCCGCGCUUACCGACAUCAUCGCCCUCGACAAGCAGCACGACCAGCCCCACGGCAGCAGCUCCUCCGACAGCCUCAGCAUUCAAGGUUCCGCGCUUACGACGGGCAGCACGGCACGCGAGCGCAAGCGUCGCCUGAUGUUCGCGGACGAAAUCGAGGAGGACGACGGCACGGUGGCGGCUGAAGCCGAGGAUGACAAGGACGACCACGAGCACGGCUCAUUCCAACUGGCCGGCCCCGGCGACCUGCAACUCUCGCACGAGAUCGAGCGAUUGGCGGGCAAAGUCGCGAAGCUGCAGACGCAGGACGCGAUGCUCGACACGCUUAUCAAGAAGGCGGAGCUGACUGGGGAUGCGCAGGAGCUCCGUUUGCUGCGCAGGUCCAAGUCACAGCUCACACGCGAACUGCGAGAACUUCGGUUCCAGAAGACGCAGUACGAGCAGCAAGAAAGCGCCAACAGGCUGCUUUCGGAUCGGUCGCGGGUCGCUAUCGUCAACUCAACGACGGGGGACGAGGAGGGGAAGCAAGUGGUGCGGUAUCUCAUCGAAGUGCAGCAGUUGGCGCCGGAUGGGAGCUUCUCGUCGGGAUGGGUGGUCGCGAGGCGGUACAACGAGUUUUUCAGCAUGCACAACAAGCUGAAGGACAAGUACAUGCUGGUGCGCAACCUCGACUUCCCCGGGAAACGGCUCGUCACGGCGCUCUCGGCGAGCUUCGUGGACAACCGACGGGUCGCUCUGGAAAAGUAUCUGCAGAGCCUCAUUACCAUCCCCGCCGUAUGCGAGAGCGAAGAGCUUCGUGCUUUUCUCUCCCGCGACUCUCCCUUCAUGACUGCAGAAGCAACCCCAACGCCCAAGACGCCAACGACCCCCGGCCCAGGGUCAGCAUUCCCUGGCCACGGCCUCGUCAAGACCAUGUACCAAUCCGUGGCAGAGAGCAUCGACGACAUGUUCUUUGGCCCUUCCAUGUUGGACGUUAUCAUUCAACGCCUCACUACACAAGCUGGGGAGUUCGUUGGCAUCACGGGCACGGCCGUCCGAGAUGAAGACCUCGUCGCACAAGCGCUCAAGGCUUCGGGGAAGACGACGUACGAGGACGCGUUGGCGCACCUAUCCGGGGACCUCAAGCCAUUGGAGGGCGAGACGAGCACGUCGUCGUUCUCUUCGCCGAUCUGCGACCUGCUCCUGGCAGUGUUCGAGCUCGACAAGAAGAACAACUGGCUACGGAGACAGGCUGUCGUGAUCAUCUUGCAGCAAGUGCUUGGAGAUACAAUCGAGCGGCGAAGCUGGCGCGUUCGUACUGACAGCAGUGCUAGGAAACUGCGCGAGACCGUGAAGGCCUUCUUGGACGAGUCGCAUCUGAUGACGUUCAUCAACGCGUUCAAGGACGGACUGUGGCCGGGGGGAAAGCUGAAGCCUCCAAGUGUACCUCGCACCGUUGAAGAGAAGCUCCGCACCAGAGAUGAGGCCAAUCGAAAGCUGUCGUCACUCAUGCCAGAUCUCGCGGCAAACAUGAUCGGACGUUCAAAUGCCCGUCGUGGUGCCCGCCGUAUAUUUGCGGUGCUUCAGAACCGCAGACUGAACCAGCAUCUUGUGUAUACUAUUGUUGACGAAGUAUUCGCCGCACUGUUCUCGGAGACGGCGACGGCGUAG